UAACGUCAUUAUACUACAACGACUAAAAUAAAUUCUCAAGUUUGGUUGGAAGCUUCUUCGCCACGUUUUGGUUCAGUGACUAAUAAAUUUCAAUAUAGAAAAUGGUUUUGGAUUUAGAUUUGUUCCGUAGCGAUAAGGGCGGAAAUCCAGACGCUAUUAGAGAGAAUCAGAAAAAACGUUUUAAGGAUUUGGCUCUUGUGGAGGCUGUCAUAGAACAAGACACUUUAUGGAGACAACGACGACACCGUGCAGAUAACUUAAAUAAAGUAAAAAAUCUAUGCAGCAAAGAGAUUGGAGAAAAAAUGAAGAAAAAGGAGCCACAAGGAGAUGCAGCAGAAGAGAUUCCGGAAUGUAUAAGUGAAAAUUUAGAUGAGCUCAGCUCCGAAAUGUUGCGGCAGUUGACAGUAAAUCAAAUUAAAAAGGUUCGGGUUAUCAUCGAUAAAGCAAUGUUAGACAAUGAACGGUGUCUUCAACAAGCAGAACAACUCCGCAAUACUGCUCUGCGUGAGGUUGGCAAUCAUUUGCAUGAGUCUGUGCCAGUGUCCAACGACGAGGACGAAAACCGUGUGGAGCGGACCUUUGGUGAUUGUCAACGUCGGGGAAAGUAUUCGCAUGUUGAUCUUAUUGUAAUGAUAGACGGUAUGGACGCGGAAAAAGGAGCUGUGGUGUCAGGUGGGCGUGGAUAUUUCUUAACUGGACCAGCAGUAUUUCUUGAACAAGCCCUCAUUCAACAUUCACUACAUAUGUUGGCUAAUCGUGGUUACACGCCUUUAUAUACGCCCUUUUUUAUGCGCAAAGAAGUUAUGCAGGAAGUGGCUCAACUUUCUCAGUUCGAUGAAGAGCUAUACAAGGUGAUAGGAAAGACCAGCGAGCGUGGCGACGAGGUGGGUACCGAUGAGAAAUACCUCAUUGCAACUUCAGAACAACCAAUUGCUGCAUUUCAUCGUGAUGAAUGGCUUCCCGAAGCUUCUCUUCCAAUCAAAUAUGCUGGUUUGUCUACUUGUUUUCGUCAAGAGGUUGGUUCCCACGGACGCGACACCCGUGGCAUUUUUCGUGUCCAUCAGUUUGAAAAAGUAGAACAGUUCGUACUUACUUCACCACAUGACAAUAAAUCAUGGGAGAUGAUGGAUGAAAUGAUUGAUAAUGCAGAAAAUUUCUGCCAGUCUCUAGAGAUUCCAUAUCGCAUUGUAAAUAUUGUUUCAGGUGCACUCAACCAUGCUGCUUCGAAGAAGUUGGAUUUAGAAGCUUGGUUCGGUGGUAGCGGAGCAUUCCGGGAACUUGUUUCCUGCUCAAAUUGCUUAGAUUAUCAGGCUCGACGUUUGCUUGUUCGUUUUGGUCAAACAAAGAAAAUGAACUCAUCUGUCGAUUAUGUCCAUAUGUUAAACGCUACAAUGUGCGCAACAACACGCGUUAUUUGCGCUAUCCUGGAGAAUCAUCAAACUGCGACUGGUGUGCGAGUACCGGAACCAUUGAAAAAAUACAUGCCAGAAAAAUAUCGUGAUGAAAUUCCUUUUGUAAAACCAGCACCUAUUGAUCUAGAGGCGGCCGCAGCUACAGGCAAGAAAGUUAAAGGAAAAAAGGACCCCGCUGCUUAGUACUUCUCUUGAACCUAAUUAUGUAUAUGUCUAUGCUAACAAAGGAUUUUAUUACUUAUUCGAUCAGACAUUUUCUGAAAAUAAGCUUGUUGCUUUAAAGAAAUUAAGCUUGCUUAGGAAACAUUUAUGUUUCACCUUUAAUUUAAUAUAUAUCAAUAUUAAGAAUUAAAUAUUCAUAUACAUUAAAUAAUAAAAAAAAAACAAAUACUAAAAAUUGUAUGGACCAAUAUGUGGUUACAUAAUUACGCAAAAAAUUUGAAAAUUAGAAUAGUGAAGUGUAAAGCGCGGUAAUCUGAAUCCAAAUAAUUCUAGCCUUGAUUUGAAAAUAAAAUCAGAAAGUACAUUA